CGCUAUAAAAACUGGCGUUGACCAAAUAAUCGUUAUUACCGUUAUUAGGUGUGGUAAGAGUAGAAUGUGUGAUAACAAUAUGAAUUCUAGUUGCAUAUGCAAGAAAAAUGUGUUGGAAAAACAUUACACUUACGAAGAAAUACAAGCAAUUGCCAACUAUUUGAAGGAUAGGGUGAAAAUUACACCACAAAUCGGUAUUAUUUGUGGAUCAGGUUUGGGUUCUGUGGCUGAACUUUUAACGGAUCCCCUAAAAUUCGAGUACGCCGACCUCCCCAAUUUCCCCGAAAGCACAGUCAUCGGUCACGAAGGUCGUCUCAUUUUCGGCAAAAUUGACAAAAUUUCCGUGAUUUGCAUGCAAGGCCGUUUUCACUACUACGAAGGCAACUCUCUGUCCCGAUGUGUGAUGCCCGUGCGUUUGAUGAAACUCCUCGGAGUCUCCACACUCAUCGUCUCAAACGCCGCAGGCAGCGUCAACCCGUCGUACAAAGCCGGCGACAUUAUGAUCAUCAAAGACCACCUCAACCUUGUCGGUUUCGCCGGCAACAGCCCUCUGAGAGGACCCAACGACGAAUCUUUCGGCCCCAGAUUCAUAGCAUUGAACAAUGCUUACGAUCAAACCAUCAUCAAAGAUGCUAAAAUUCUCGUGGAGAAAUUGGGUUUGAAGGGAUUUCACGAAGGUGUCUACGCCUGUGUUGGAGGACCGAGUUACGAAACAGUUGCAGAAAUGAGAGCGUUGAAAAUUCUAGGAUGCGAUGCUGUGGGAAUGUCCACUGUACAUGAAAUUAUCACAGCGAGACAUUGUGGACUUGGAUGUUUUGCGUUUAGUCUUAUUACUAACGAAGGUGUUAUGAGUUACGAAACUGAGGAUAAGCCGGAUUGUGACGAUAUUUUGGCCGUGGCGAAUCAGAGAAAGCAAGAUUUGAAAAUUUUUCUAAAACAUCUGGUACCACACUUGCUCAAUAAGCAAUUUUGAUUAAAUUAAGGAUUACGUACGUUAGUUAUUUUAGUGUUAUUUACACAGAGAAAACUUAAUUAUUCUUGGUUCCUAAUAAUUGUACUGCAGCUUCCACAUCUUUGUCAAAUUCUUCAGUCUGUAAAAGUUCUAAACAGGACCUUCCGCUGUCUAAAGCUUUUAAAAAGAGAUGUUUAGAAGCCUCCCAGUAAAGGAUAUUCCGUUUUAUUACUUGAA